UGGUUAGUCUAUACCAAUGGAGUAAGAAACCAAAGCUGGAGUACCAGUUUGGACUCUGGAUCAUGCUAUUGUAGUGUUGUGUUUGGUGCUGCUGCCUUUUUAUAUGCUGUGCAACCCCCCAUGCACAAAGCCAUAGCCUGCUCAUCAAAGUGAAAAAUCAGUUAUACUUGUGGUUACAAUAAUAUUAUUGCUUGAAUUCCCUGUCAAUCUCAUUUCUUUUGCAUGUUUCAUCCGUGCUGAAAAAUCUUUUUCCUCUGUCUCUCUGCCUCUCUGGCCUUGGCAUCAGUUUUGAGGAAUUUCAGAGUCUUUGACAUGGGGGAAACUAGAGAACUCCAGCUUCAGGUCAUGGGAUAUGAAGCCAAAGAAGAAAACUCGGGCGAACCAGAUGCUGGUCACCAAUCAACAGUACCCCAAAUCAGAGGUCGCAUAUGGUGGAUCCAAAUGGGCGUCUAUUCUUUUUUCCUUCUCUCUGGCCAGACGGUUGCUACACUCUUGGGAAGAUUGUACUUUGACAAAGGUGGAAAUAGUAAAUGGAUGUCUACAUUUGUGCAGCUUGCAGGUUUUCCUCUCCUCCUGCCUUUCUACUGCAUCUCACUGCCCAAAAAUCCGACCACAGACAGUAUCCACAUGGACCGACCUCCUGCCUUAACCUUUGCAUUGCUCUAUGUCUCCCUUGGGAUACUACUAGCAGGAGACUGUCUGCUCUACUCAUAUGGACUGUCAUACCUUCCUGUCUCUACUUACUCCCUCAUUUGUGCAUCCCAAUUGGGCUUCAAUGCUCUCUUCUCCUUCUUCCUCAAUGCACAGAAGUUCACUCCUUUUAUAGUCAAUUCUCUAGUCCUUCUCACAAUCUCCUCAGCCCUCCUUGUAUUUCAAACUGAUGAUUCUUCUGAUUCCAAGAAAAUCUCCAAAGAGAAGUACAUUACUGGAUUCUUAUGCACUGUUCUUGCGUCCGCUGGUUAUGCACUACUGAUUUCUUUAACACAGCUUGCUUUCAGGAAGAUUAUAAAAAGGAACACUAUGAGAGCAAUGCUGGAUUUGAUAAUCUACCAAUCUAUAGUGGCAACAUGUGUGGCUGUGGCUGGGCUUUUCGCCAGUGGAGAGUGGAAGGAUCUGAAGAAAGAGAUGGAGGGGUAUGAGCUGGGAAAAAUAUCCUAUCUAAUGACUUUGAUUUGGACAGCAGCAGGCUGGGAUGUUUUUUCUAUUGGUGCAGUUGGAUUGAUUUUUGAUGUGUCUUCCCUCUUCUCCAAUGUGAUUAGUACUCUGGGAUUGCCUAUUAUUCCUGUUCUAGCAUUAGUUUUCUUCCAUGAUAAGUUGGAUGGAGUGAAGGUGAUUGCCAUGUUGUUGGCCGUUUGGGGCUUUGUUUCCUAUAUGUAUCAGCAUUAUCUCGAUGAUUCCAAGUCCAAGGCUGAAAGUGGAAAUGUUGAUCAAGUUUCCCAAGCUUCCACCAGCAAAGAAGUCGAUAGAUGAAGAAGGAUGGCCCUUCCAAGUUUCAUUUUAGACUUCCAUUUUCCACACAAGAAGACACGGAAUCUUACUUGCAUUAGUACCUUGUUGCUUCUUUCUUCUUUUCUUAGCUAAAUACUUCCUUCUUUUGGAGUACUCUUACAAAAACAAAAUGACAUCUUCGGAUGGGCCUUGUAUUUACUGAUGAAAAUCAAUCCAGAGACCCCUCAGAUGAUA